AUGGAAGGGAGCGGAGCGGAGCGCCGGGGAGCGCCGGGGGCGGGGGCCCCCCGCGGCAGACCUGUUGCACGGGCUCGCGUGGGCGCAGCGAGGGGGGCGCGGUGCGGGACCGCUCUCCGCGCUGCCCCCGCCCCCAGCCGGGAGCUCCGGGAGCUGCUGCACCCCCCUCCCCCCGAGCGCGCUGCCGAGAGCAGGACCCGAAGUUGCCAGAAGUUGCUGCAGGGGCAGCUCCCGCAGAAAGUGCCGGGCUGCGCCUCGGGGCCGGGGCGGGCGGCGUGGAAGCGGCGGCGUCGUCGUUGCUCUCCCUGGUCCAGGGCGCCGAGUGCUCGGCUCCCGCUGCCACUUUCCCUAGUUAACGACCGGCUCGCGCCGCCCUCCCUCCCUCCCUCCCCCGGCGGGCUCCGAGCCCCGCGUUCCUCCUCAGCCGGGGGCCGCCCGGGAAGGCCCUUCCAGCCGUCGGAGGCAAAGUUCUGUGACGCUCGGGCUCUGGUUAGGAAAGCAGUCAGUGCACUACAGAACUUUGUCUCCGGAGGCUGCACCGCCCCGGCCCCGAACGGUUCCUGCAGGUGGACUCGCCGCGACGGGCGCCCGGGGGGCGGGGGCUGCGGGGACCGGGACCGUGCGGAGACCCCCCCCCCCCCCCCCCCCGGCGCUGGGAACGCGAACUCCCGACGGGCCCCCGACGGCUGGGGGGGGGCUGCGAGGGCCGGGACCGCUCGGAAACCCCCCCCCUCCCCCCCGGCGCUGGGAACGCGAACUCCCCGACGGGCCCUCCGCCCUCCUCCGGGGGCCCCCCUGGGCAGGGAGCGCAAACAGCCCGUCUGGGCCCGCUGGGGGUUCCUCCGAGAGUGCCCCGGAGCCGUCGGGACGCGCGGCGGGCUUCUCGCUCCCGGGCCGGGCCGGCCGCCUGCGGGGAAGGAGCUUCUUCGCCGAAGCCCCGGGAAAUCUCCCUCUGUUCCCAGGCUGACCUGGGCAGGAUCCCGGACCUGCCGCCGCCCUCCGAAGGAGCCCGACGCCCUCCGGGAUCUCGCGAGCGAAGCGGAGCCACCUCGGGAGCCCCUUCCAGCUGUUCGGCUUCAGAAGCUCAUUGGGGGCGGCUCGGGCUUGUUCCGGGCUCUCCCGCCCCCGCUCCCCUUACCUGAGCGGGCCGCCCCUGGCCCGCGGGUGGGGAAUGGACUGUCCCCCUCCUGCUGGAACACACGGCCCCUCCCUCCGCGGGGACGAAAGCUCGGGGGUGCCGGCGGGGAAUCUGUGCCGGGCCGGCCUCUGGGGCCCGGCCUCUGGGGCCCGGCCUCUGGGGCCCGGCCUCUGGGGCCCGGCCUCUGGGGCCCGGCCUCUGGGGCCCGGCCUCUGGGGCCCGGCCUCUGGGGCCCGGCCUCCGGACUGUGCAGAGUGUUACAGGGCCGCCCGUGAACGGCCCAGGAAAGGAGCCUUGAUGGGGAUCCCGGGUCCGAUCGCCUUUGAAACCCAGGCUCUAGGAAGUUCCUUUAAAGGCCCCCGAGCUUCCCUUCCCUCAUCUGUGAAAUGGGCUUGACAUAAGCCAAAGUCUCACAGGGUUUCGGUGUGGCCACGCGAGAAGGGCUUUGUUGGCCGUUAUUAAGGGAUGGGCCCCAGCGGGACCGAGACUAAGGGAGGACCAGCCGAGGGCAGGGAGGGCCCCAUGGCUCGGGCCUGAGCUCUCCCGAACCAUUCCCAGCAUUUAAGCAAGGGGCUCGGGAAGGCUCCGCAGGUGCCGGGAGCGGCCGGGUUCUCUCUCACCCUCAUUUUCCCGGUCCUGCUUUCUCCCUCAGGUUUUCCUUUCAACCCCUGCUCAAAGGUAAAAAGCCGAAGAAGGACGGGAUUGUUUUAAAACCUUGUGGAAAAUUAAAGAAAUGAAACAAGCUGUGAUUCUCAACCUGAUUUAGGGGUACCUGCCUUGCAGGCUGGCUUCGCAGGGCAUCCCUUGUUUUCAGAAUUCCCAUUUCGCACCCUUGUUCUCCACCCUUAUCCCACCCAAACUCUAAUCAAGGCCACUUGUAAGAAGGAAAAACUGGGGUGGGGGUGGGCAGGGGCUUGGAGAAGUUUGGGGUCAGAUGGAGGUGGGGUUGGGCUGGGAGUAAGUGGGACACACUCAGUGGCUUGUUAAGGAACCUCAUUAAUUAAGAGGUUAAACAGGUAGUGGUGGUCCCAUGGUUUAUUCCUUCAUUUACAGCACAGUUGACAUUGGAGGGCUCCCAGGUGCCCUGGUGAGUGCUCGCUUUAUGGGGGCAGCACCGUGCAGGAGAAGAGGCCCUGGGUUCAGAUCCUCCUGGCUCCCUCUGAUUUGGGGCAAGUUUGUUCCCCUCAGUUUCCUCUGGCACAAGAUGAGGGGAUCGAUGAGUUGGGUCCCUGGGCUGACCAAGUAACAGCAGUCUCUUGCCACAAGUAAUUUCUGUGUCUGAACCCCUUUACAUUAGCGUUCUUGUUUCUAAAAAAGCCAGCACUUUUGUUUUGCUCCCAAAAAUAUUAGGGUUCCUUGGAAUUUCCCUCCAAAGACUGGGAAUUUCAGUUUUUCGGUUGGGUGACCUGGUGAUUUCUCAAGGGUCUUCUUUGUAAAACAAAGAUUGAGAAGUAUUUUGGCUUGAGGGCGAGACUGGCGUGGCUGGGGAGCCCCGGGAAGGAUCUGUAUCGGCCCUACCGGCCACCUUUCUCAAGCCUCUCAUUCCCUCAUUGCAGAGUGAGUGCUUUUAAUGAUGGGUAAAGGCUCCAUCCUGACCCACACUGUCUCUCCCCUGUUCCCAUCUCCUCUUAGAAUCCCUGCUUUCCUUCGAGACUCGUCCCCUGUAAGUGGCCAUUGCUGCCACCCUUUUCCUCCACUCACUCCCAGCUGCCAGCAUCUCUCUGCUGCUAUGCAUAGAUCGCAUUGUGGGGCUUUAUCCGAGUCCUUCCCUUAUUCGAAUGUACAGUCACUAUGGGAAGGAAUUUCCAUUUCCCCCCUUUUGUGUUCUCGUGCCAGCCCCGUGCCCGGAUUGUAGCAGACUGGUAGAAUCGGCUCUAGAACCAGCAGUGACCUCAGAGGCCACUCUGCCCCAUGGAGAAGGCGGCAGAUCUGGAGGUGUGAAGUCCCUCCAAGUCCUCAGUAGGUUAAAAUGGAAAGCUGUGCUGGGCCCAUCUCAGAAGGCAUACAUUAGGUGCCUACUAUGUGCCAGGCAUACAGUGGGGCUAUGGACACAAACUGAUGCUGCACUCGGGGGCUUGUAGUCUCCAUAGAAGACGCCAAGACCUCUUGCUGAUCCCAAGCUAUGCGGUUCCCACCCUGCUUAGAACCAUUUUCAUUUUUCCAGAUCUAAAAGUCUAUUUCCGGGUAAUGGCAGUUUGGCUUUCGAAAGCUCUUUCCAAGAAUCCCAGCCAGAUGAUGGCUCUCCUGCCUUCUCCUCCUUGUUCCUGGUGAAGGCUCAGCCCGGGUGCUGGCUGCCUCCUGCCACAGGGACUUCCUGGUUUUCCUCGGUGACAGGCCAGGCCCUUUGCCUGGAUUUUGCACCACUUGGGAGACCCCGGCCCGGGACCCCUGGCCUGUGCUCCCUGAGCAAAGCAGAAUUGAAGUAGCCCAGAGGAGUGCAUAAGGUUAGAGCCCCCCCCCCCCAAUUUCACGGGGACUCCUCGUGGCCGACGCCCCCCUGGCUCCCUCGGCCACGUAGCUCGAUUCUGACAGGGGAGGUCAUUGUGUGGCUCUGAGAGAGAAGGACGGCAACCAACCAACCGUUCCAUCAGGGAACAUUGCUUUUGAUUCUGCAGGGCCAGCAGGCAGGAGGUGCUUAGGAAAUCCCUGCUGAUAGAAGCAGGUUAGGCCAGGUAGGCCGGGGAGGUGAGGGAGGUGCUUGUAACCAGGAGGAAGUUGUUGGGUGACUCGGCUCCCUCCCCGGAGUCACGGGGCCUCCAGAGAUGACCCUUCCAGCCUGAGAUUCCCAGAGGACUUCAGUUUCCCGGACCCUCAUUCUGGGCACUUGGGGGAGAUGGCAGGCUCUGCUGCCUGUAAAUGGGCUUGGGGA